CCCCCUCUCUCUCCUCUCUCUCUUCAAAUGGCCUCUACCCAUAUCACACCACAAACAAACUUCUCUUCCUUCUCAAAAACCCAAUUCAUGUCAUCCUCCGCCACCUCCUUCACCGACCUCCUCGCCGGAGACUACCCCUCCUCCUCCGCCGUCAGCCGCGGACUGUCCGACCGCAUAGCCGAGAGAACCGGCUCCGGCGUGCCCAAAUUCAAGUCGAUUCCGCCGCCUUCGAUCCCGACCUCACCCCAUGCUGUCUCCCCUUCUUUCUUCAACUUCUCUCCUGGGUUUAACCUGUCUGAGUUCUUGGACUCACCUGUUCUCUUCCCUUCUUCCAACAUUCUACCAUCUCCAACUACCGGGUCUUUUCCAGUUCAGGCCUUCAAUUGGAAGAACAAUUCUAGCCACCAUGAGCAGGGCAUCAAACAAGAGCAAAAUAAGUACUCUGGUUUCUCUUUCGGGACUGAAACCAGGCCUCCAACAUCAUCUGCAACAAGCUUUCAGUCUCAAGUUCCCACUGAAAGCCAAAACUGGGGUUAUCAACAGAUGACCAAUUCAGAUGGUUUAUCUACAAGAAACAUUACGGUGAAACCCGAAUACGUUUCCACAAUACAGACCAAUUCCCAAAACCAUGGUGGGUUUCAAUCAGAUUAUGAUCAGCAUAAACAAUCAUCACAGUCCCUAAGACAGCAGAGGAGAUCAGAAGAUGGGUACAAUUGGAGAAAAUAUGGAGAGAAGCAAGUGAAAGGGAGCGAAAACCCGCGGAGUUAUUUCAAAUGUACACACCCAAAUUGCCCAACUAAGAAGAAGGUUGAGAGGUCUUUACUAAGUGGGGAGAUCACAGAGAUUAUUUACAAGGGGGGUCAUAACCACCCAAAGCCUCACUCUACUAAGAGAUCAUCAUCAGCUUCUUCUCAAGCAAUUCAACACUCUAAUCAUUCGACCGGUGAAUUCCCAGAUCAGUCCUAUGCAUUACAUGGCAAUGGACAGAUGGAUUCUGGUGCGACACCAGAGAAUUCUUCGAUCACUAUCGGGGAUGAUGAGUACGAUGAAGAGGAAACUGCUGCCAAAAGAAUGAAGUUUGAGGGUGAAAGUGAAGGUAUAUCCGCUGCUGGGAGCAGUACAUCAAGGGAACCAAGAGUUGUAGUCCAAACAAAAAGCAAUAUUGAUAUCCUUGAUGACGGGUAUAGAUGGAGGAAAUAUGGGCAGAAGGUCGUCAAGGGAAAUCCUAAUCCAAGGAGCUACUACAAGUGCACAAGUCAAGGAUGUCCCGUCAGAAAACACGUCGAGCGAGCAUCCGACGACCCCAGAUCAGUGAUCACAACCUAUGAGGGAAAGCAUAACCACGAAGUUCCGGCAGCACGCGGCAGCGGUAACCACUCUGCCGCGAGGCCUUUGCCCAACAAUGCGUCCAUGGCCAUUAGACCUUCGACUACAUCCCAUUACUCCAACACCAACUCAAUUACAAAUCCAAGCCACAAUUCGAGGCUACCCACAUCUGAAGGCGAAACACGCUUCACACUGGAGAUGCUGCAGAGUCCAGGGAGUUUCGGAUUCUCAGGAUUUGGGAACUCAAUGAGCAAUUACAUGGGUCAACCCCUAAAAGAAGACCAUGGGUUUUUUUCCAGAGCCAAGGAAGAACCAAGGGGUGACUUUAUCUUUGAGUCAUUGCUAAGCUAAGUUGCUAACUUGCUAUGAAGGGGAUUAGUCGAGGUGCGCGUAAGCUGGCUGAAACACCUAGUUAUCAGCAAAAACUUGCUACAAAGGUUGGUUUACCUCAGAAACAGUCAAGAUUUCAAUACAAUAAUAGGGUAAGGAUGUCAGAUUCAUUUGUUUAUUUGUUUCUUGGGGAUUUGGUUUGUAUAUGUACGCGUAUGGGUAGUUGUUUCUUUGAAAAGAGUUUGUAAUUUGUAUAUUCAAAGGUGUAUGUUGUAGAAGUUCAUUAACAUGUAUGUUAGCCUCAGAAGUGUAGAACCUCAAUCAUUGUGGUAUCAUCACACCUGGUGUAUCUUCCCUUUAGAUGUAUUUGUUUGAAAGGAAUUGAUUUCAGAUUUUUUGACAGUCAAAAGGAAGAAGAAAUUGUUCU